CUCCUAUAUAACGGCUGCCGACUGCCCUACCCAUGGCAUUUCUCGAAGUGGACUGGCAGAGGAAAAACCAAAAUAUUAGCCGUGGCAAACUCCCCGCACAACUGACUCCAACAGUCACUGAAUCUCAUUGCAACGCUCGUCCAUCAAGCUUCAAGCCUCUCAAAGUGGGAAAUAUCUAGGAAAUGUUGGGAAUUAGAUGAAGUAUUUUCCCUGAUGCUAUAGCUUCUUCUUGAACCGACAAAUUUUGAGGCUGCUCGUACUCAAAUGAUAAAUACGUUGGUUCUUCCCAGGCCUAGCAAAGCAUUGAAGUUUUCCUCUACAACACUUGAUGGGUUAGGCAAAUCAAAGUACAGGAGUCCGAAGAUGGAGCUAACCCUAACUCAACCUGAUGAUUGGCAUCUUCACCUCCGUGAUGGUGACCUUCUUCAAGCUGUUGCCCCUCACAGUGCAAAUCACUUUGGAAGGGCAAUAGUGAUGCCGAAUUUGAAGCCUCCCAUUACAACCACUGCUCUUGCUAUUGCUUAUAGAGAAUCCAUCUUGAAAGCAUUGCCUGCUGAUAGCAACUUCACUCCACUAAUGACACUAUAUUUGACAGAUACAACCAGUCCUGAAGAGAUCAAGCUUGCUAGAAGAAGUGGAGUUGUUUUUGCUGUUAAGUUGUACCCCGCUGGCGCAACCACAAACUCUCAAGAUGGUGUUACAGAUCUGUUUGGGAAAUGCCUACCAGUUCUUGAAGAGAUGGUUGAGCAAAACAUGCCAUUAUUGGUUCAUGGAGAGGUCACAGAUUCUACUGUUGAUGUCUUUGAUCGUGAGAAAGUGUUUAUUGACACUGUGUUGCAACCUUUAAUUCAAAGGCUUCCAAGUUUAAAGGUUGUGAUGGAGCAUAUCACCACUAUGGAUGCUGUGAGUUUUGUUGAGUCUGGCGAAGAAGGAUUUUUGGCUGCAACUGUUACACCACAACAUCUUCUUCUCAAUAGAAAUGCUCUCUUCCAGGGAGGAUUGCAGCCACAUAGUUAUUGCCUUCCAGUACUCAAAAGAGAAAUCCACAGACAGGCUAUUGUUUCAGCUGUGACUAGUGGAAGCAAAAGAUUUUUCCUUGGAACUGAUAGUGCUCCUCAUGAGAGACGAAGAAAAGAAUGCCCUUGUGGUUGUGCUGGAAUUUACAAUGCCCCUGUUGCUUUAUCACUAUAUGCUAAGGUCUUUGAAGAGGCGGGUGCACUUGAUAAAUUAGAAGCAUUUACAAGCUUCAAUGGACCAGACUUCUACGGUCUUCCAAGAAACACCUCAAAGAUUAAAUUGAUGAAGACUUCAUGGAAGGUACCAGAGUCUUUCUCGUUUUCAUUUGGUGAUAUUAUUCCUAUGUUUGCAGGUGAAACACUUCAAUGGCAACCAUGCUUCUCUUGAUUCUGAUAUUUCGUUUAUCUAUCCAAUCCAAUUCCACGUCGUUGUUGAAUAAACUGACUAAAGCGAAAACUUACGAACUUUAGUCAUAAUCUCAUCCACCUCAUCAUUUGAGAACCGAGCCCAAGGUACUGUCAAGCGGAUCAUUCUGUCAUUAAUUUCGAUCUUAUGUAUAAAGGAAACCAGUGUUUAAGACAAAGAAAAUGAUUGGAAAUAUUUGAAUUUUAAAUUUAUUAUUAGAAGUAUUCAUAGGCCUCGCCGGAUUA